AUGUACGCUGCUGCUAGUUCUAAUGUUAUCCGAUUCUUAAAUAGCAUCAUUCCGUGCCACUCACCCACACCCACCCUCUGCAACGAGGCAUUCCCCAUUUACUUUUUAGUGGCGCCUCCCGACCUGUACCAAAUAUCAUACCUCCAGGAGGCCCCACGAAUAACAAUGGCGUUCGAGGACGUCAUGAAUGCCAUCCGCGACAGCGUUCAGGAGUCAUUGGACGAGCUUACUUCACCUCGAUCUUUAUUCAAAGCAAAGACGAAAGCUCUCCAGAACCUUGAACAACAUCUCGCUACCGCUUGCUGCUCCACAGCGACCGACUCUGAGGCGAGGGACAGCUUUCUUGCUCUUCAACACACCUUCGAGUGCAACGUACCGGCACACCUCCUUUCAUGGAUUACGCUCUCAACGCUGCGGCUAGAGAGUCUCACGACCAAGACCUCCGGAGAAGACGACAAGGUCACCGACGUUGACGAGCUCGCCACCCAGUUCUCGCUCUCGCUUUCUCUGAUACAGGGUAUCGCCCUCAACCAUGAGCCAAGCAAGCGUUAUCUUGGGAGGAGGCGCGCAGUCGAAGUGCUCCUCGACCUCUUGCUUGCCUCGAGGCACUUAGCCAGCCCCUCUGACAACGCUGAAUCCCAACGCAAGUCAACCCCCAACCCUCCGCAUUUGACCUCGAUCGUUCUUGAUACCCUCUUAUGCAUUCUCGUCGAUUCAACACUGGCACUUCGGACCUUCGAAGAAACCAACGGUGUACAAGCAGUGGUCAAGAUCCUCAAGCGAGCCGGAACACCUCGUGAAGUUCGGAUGAAAUGCCUCGAGUUUCUGUACUUCUAUCUCCUCGACGAGACGCCAACAACCUCAUCUAGCCCAUCUGUUUCGUCGACCACCCCACAAUCACCCCUGUUGACGUCAAGUAAGGCCACCCAGCCAACACCCCCGCCGACAGCACCUACAACACCCAUCCGGCCCGCAAAGCCUUACUUUAGUGGUGCCCCUAUGCGACCCAGUAACAGUUCGCGAUAUGGAUCAUCGACGUUCGCGUUUUCCUCUUCAUCUAGCGGGAUUUCCGUGUCUGGUUCAAGAUCUGGCUCUGGAUCAACUGCGCCAUUUGAGCCCAAUUCGUCCCGCUCGACUUCGAAUAGCUCGACUAAAUCAGCUGGUUCGUUCUCAAGUACUUCAUCCAAUGCUUCUUUGUCCUCAGGUACAUCCGUCUCGGGUGGCUCGAGGUCAGGUUCACCUUCUAUCAACGCCAACGGAGGACAUGAGAAGAUCAAGGAAAAAGAACGGGUCGUCUCGCCAGUGUUCAUGGAAUCUAUCAAGGUUUUGCCCAAGUCUCCUGUGAAGCGUAUGGGAACACCUUUUGCUGCGGGUCACGGACAUGGCCACAGCCGAUCGCAGAGCCAGCACCAACUCCAAUUGCAACGGAACGCGACUCCACCCAAUUCGCCUCCUCUCGGAUCACCUCCUUCCAACACCCCAAGUGGCGUCCGUGCGGGCAACAAGUUCCCUCAGCUCCAGCCCCGGUCAAUGAUGAUGCUCCGCAAAGAGGUCGACUACGUCCCUCUGAGUCCGAAGAAGCUGCCCAGUCUAUCCGGAGCAUUGGCUGAAGGCCAUAGUAAUGGCAGGCGGCCAUCUGCACUAGGGCACCACAAGAGCUUAUCCAUGUCGAGCACGAGCACGUCGGGUUCACCUUUCCAGGCUUCGAGGUUAGGUUCGGGUGCGACGAGCCCUCCUCCAAGUGAAGGUGGCCACGGCAGACGUGGCGUAGGGAAGAGUGCAAGCGAGCCGUCGGUACUUGAGAGGCAGGCGGAUAAGAAUAAUAGGGAUGGUGGCAAGGGAAGCAAGUGGAAGACGACGGAGGAGAAGAAGGAGCUUCUUGGGACGAUGCUUGGGAACGUCGACGCAUUAGUUGAGGGUGUAAGGAAGGCAGGGAUUUGGGGCCUUGGUUGA